CUCUCAUGGCCGGCUGUAUCGUUCCCUCGACCCGCCAUGUCCUGUCCUCAGUAUAUCCAAGGCCACACUCCCCACGACCGCCUGUCGUAUCUCAUCAACCGCCUUUGCGCGGAGCUCGACGGCUGUGACGCCCCGUGUGACGCGCUCACGCUCGCGCAACAAGCUAAAGCUGUCAUUGACGGCUACGACCGGUAUCUAGAGCGCAUGUCGAGCCCGCACCCGCCUAUCGUCGACGCAAUGAUCGCUGUGGGGAACAGCACGGACUGGGAGCGCAUACACGCCGAAGGCAAGACAAGAUUCAAGCUUCUUCCCGAGAUGAGCGCGGGCGGGUAUGAGGCGGUCGUGAUGCAGCAGCUGGCCAAGAUUUCUAAGGCAAAGGUCAUCCUCGAGAUCGGCAUGUUUACAGGCACGACCACCGUCUCGCUUGCGCUGCUACCGACUGUGGAAAGGAUCGUCACGCUUGAGCUCGAGGAAUAUCUCGAGCAGACGAACAGGCCGUUUUUCGAGCAAGCUGGUGUCUCCGAGAAGAUCGACAUCCGGAUCGGUGACGCGCUUUCCUCUCUGGACAAGCUCAUAGCGGACAAUGCAUCAUUCGAUAUGGUCUUCGUCGAUGCUGACAAGAGCAGCUAUAUUAGCUACUUCCACAAGAUUAUGGAUGGUGGGCUGCUGGGCAAGAAUGGAUUCAUCAUCGUAGACAACGUCGCGUUCAAGGCGUCGCCCUGGGCGCCGAACGACUGCUAUAGCGAUGGCCCAAUCUUGGAUGCUUUCAACCAAGCUGUACGCAAUCACCCGGGAAUUGAGGUAAUUAUGCUGCCAGUUGAGGAUGGCAUCAGCUUAAUUCGUCGGAAAGACGCAUAAUUACUUUAGUCCUCGAUUCAACCGGGUUGAAUCUGUAGUACUGCUGUAUACAUUGUAAUCCGACAUGCGCGGUGAAUGCCUUUCAUUACCCUGCC